CACUUCUCCGGGCCGUCCCACAGUCCGAAUUGAAGUUAUCAGACAGCCAGGCACAGGCCACUCACCUCCCUCCUUUCUCCUCUUCUUCUCCUUCUUACUUAUUUUCUGCAUCUUAUCGCAAUCCCGUCAUCAUUCCUGUAUGGUGGAUAUUAUUUUCAACUCUUCUUUCUUGGGUGAUAUGGGGGAUCAUUCCAAAAAGAAGUCCGGAUACGCGAUGUGUGUAGGCUGUGGAAGUCAGAUACAUGACCAGUACAUACUGAGAGUUUCCCCGGACCUGGAGUGGCAUGCAGCCUGCCUGAAGUGUGCAGAGUGCAGCCAGUACCUGGAUGAGACAUGCACUUGCUUCGUACGGGACGGAAAAACCUAUUGCAAAAGAGAUUAUGUAAGGUUAUUUGGAAUAAAAUGUGCAAAAUGUAACCUGGGAUUCAGCAGCAGUGAUUUGGUGAUGCGAGCCCGGGACAACGUGUACCACAUCGAGUGUUUCAGAUGUUCCGUGUGCAGCAGGCAGCUCUUACCGGGGGAUGAGUUCUCUCUCCGGGACGAGGAGCUGCUGUGUCGGGCGGACCACAGUUUACUAAUGGAGCGGAGCUCCGCCGGAAGCCCAAUCAGCCCCGGACAUAUCCACUCCAACAGAUCACUACACUUAGCAGCAGAGCCGGUGACAGUACGGGCACCACACCGAAACCACGUCCACAAGCAGUCAGAGAAGACAACACGAGUGCGAACCGUUUUGAACGAGAAACAGCUCCACACGUUACGGACCUGCUACAACGCCAAUCCGCGGCCAGAUGCGCUAAUGAAGGAACAACUGGUGGAAAUGACCGGCCUCAGCCCAAGGGUUAUUCGAGUUUGGUUCCAGAAUAAAAGAUGCAAAGACAAAAAGAGAUCUAUUCUCAUGAAGCAACUUCAGCAGCAGCAACACAGUGAUAAGACUGUAAGCAUCUUCAGUCUACAGGGGCUCACAGGUACGCCUCUGGUUGCCAGAAGCCCUAUGAGGCACGACAACACGGUGCAGGGUAACUCGGUGGAGGUGCAGACCUACCAGCCGCCCUGGAAGGCCCUCAGCGAGUUCGCCCUGCAGAGUGAUCUGGACCAGCCGGCCUUUCAACAACUGGUGUCUUUCUCGGAAUCGGGUUCAUUGGGAAACUCCUCCGGCAGCGACGUGACUUCUCUGUCAUCGCACUUACCCGACACCCCGAACAGCAUGGUACCCAGUCCCGUGGAGACGUGAGACCAGGCCACCAGCCUCGGUCCCAGGCCUAGCAUGUUCCCGCCCCGGUCCCCGGUCCCCUGCAUGUGACCAGCUCAUCACAGCAUCCUAAAGACAGAGGAGUCGUUUCGGACAUGGAGGAGAAAGUGACAUAUUCUAAAUGUUGAACAAUUACCUAACGGCACUAUAAAGCAACGCGUAUGAAAGCCCUUCUUCUUAAGACUCAGUUCAGCAUUUUUGAGGAUAUCAGUGACAAAACAAAAACCGAACUUCGUUGCAUGAACCGAAAGAAGACAGAAGAUUCUCGUGAUGGAUUUACAAAACAGCCUCCCUCCAUAUUACAUUGGAGCCAUUUGAUGUCGAACCAGAUGGACAUUCUGCAAUUCAUUGUGAACAUAUCGUGUCUUGGUUUCUUUAUGUGAUUUUUGAUACAUUUAUUUCGUUAUCAAGUCCAUGGACUCGUGUGUUAGUCUUAAAAAGGAGCAUGAUUUCCGAAGAUUAUAUAAAACAGAUUAUUGUUGUUAAAUAUUUGAUCUUAAUAGGAAGAGGGAAGGUUGUUUGAGCCUCUCGAACAAAAGUAAGUUAUUGUUAUUUAUUGUCAGGACAACGAUUCAUAAAGGAAGUAAUAACUGAUCAAAAAUAAAACUGUUAAAUCUUUAUAA